GUAGUCACUGGCGCGCGGCCUCUGUCUCUGCACUUGUCAAGGGGGUUCAUGCCGACGCUGGCCCUUCGUGUGUGUCUUUAUGUGUGACUAAUUCAGCGGCAUUUUAAGAAAGGGCUUCGGACGAUGACGUGGAGGGGGUGGGCGUGGUGAGCGAAGGAAGGAAGGAGAGCCCGAGAGAGACCAUCAACACCAACCAAGGUGGUAUCGACCGAGUGCUUGGAGAACCCUACUCGAGGGCCUAUGUGUGCCUGAAUCUCUCAUUUUAAGCACUCUGUCGUAAUUCCGGAUAAGCAGCGACCGGACUCACUGGACUAGCCGACCGGGAACCGCCUCUGUGGCCACAAGACAAGAUGGAGUCCGUUCGGAACGACAAUUACCAGGGCUACAGCAUGGAGCAACAGCAGCAGCAGCAGCAGCAGCAAGGGCAGUUCUACAUAGACCCUGCACAGCAGCAAGGGGGCAUGAGGGUUGGCGCUGCCCCCCCUGUCGUCGGGGGUGCUUCGAGGCCCUACGUGGACCCUGAAGCCCAUGGCGAGGUUGACCCCACUGCCUACCCAGAGCCGAAGGAAUCGACCCACAAAAUCCGCGGCCGCUCCGACCUCAUCGACAUGUUCUGCAACAAUGUCAACCAGGAGCUCCUCUUCGCCAAGACGUUCUACUUCUUCUUCUUCUCCGCCUUCGGUUCGCUCUUCCCGCUCAUGGCCGUUUACUUCAAGCAAAUGGGCAUGAACCCGCUCCAGACUGGCUUCCUCAUCGGCAUCCGGCCCUUCGUCGAGUUCAUCGCGGCUCCGUUCUGGGGAUCCAUCGCCGACAGGUUCCAGAGAGGAAAGCUGAUGUUGCUGUGCUCUGUCAGUGCAUGGAUUGUAUUCACACUUGCCAUAGGUUUCGUCCAGCCUCCAGCAACAUCCUGUGUAGUUUUCAAUGGUACCCAUCAUAUCCUUAAAGAAGCCUAUUCCAAUUUGAACUUCAAAGAAUUCAAAGGAACAGAAGACUGGCUCUCUCCUCCCUUCUCCAGCAUCGUCUACAGAUCGACUGACGUACAAAAGGUGUUCUUCCUACUCCUCUUGGUCGUCAUCCUAGGGGAGUUCUUCAGCUGCCCCGCCAUCACCCUCGCCGACUCCGCGGUGCUGACAUACUUAGGAGACGAGGCAGAUCACUAUGGACGGCAGAGAAUGUUUGGAUCCUUGGGUUGGGGUCUGGCUAUGUUCUUUGUGGGUAUUGCCCUUGACCACUCCACUGCCUUCCCUGGGCACCCCUGUGGACCACACGAGAAAGAACGGAAUUACACCAUAUGCUUUGCCGUGUUCAGUGUUCUAAUGGGUUGUGCACUGAUAACAGCUUCACAGUUUAAGUUCUAUUACUCGGAAGCAUCCAACGACAUGACGUUGGAGGAGGUGAAGGAACCGGUGGACAAUGGACCACGACCUUGGAAUGAGCCCAAGAUACCCAUGCAAGAGCAGAAAUCGCAGAGGCAGAAGAUUGAUGAAGCUAUUGGAACAAUCAAGACCAAGAUAUUUGCUCAGACAAUGAAGGAAAUGCCUGAAUGGUUUGUUGUUCUGCGAGAAUUUAAAAACCUCCGCUGUGGCGCCUUCCUCUUCGUGGCUUGGUGGAUGGGCUUCGGCAUUGGGCUGAUCUUUGCCUUCCUCUUCUGGCACUUGCAGGACUAUGGUGGCACCCCAACUGUGUUUGGUAUUGCUAGCAUUAUCAACCACAUAUCAGAAAUCUUUGCGUACUUCUUCAGCUUCCGACUCAUCUCACAGAUUGGGCACGUAAAGGUGUUGUGCAUUGGCUUAACAGGCAAUGUGGUUCGCUUCUUGUACAUUUCUUGGAUCAAAAAUCCAUGGUGGGUCCUGCCAUUCGAAUUUAUUCAAGGUAUUACUCAUGCUGCUGUAUGGGCUGCCUGCUGCUCCUAUAUUGCACACAACACACCACCUCAUCUCCGAGCUUCUUCACAAGGAGUACUGCAGGGCAUCCAUCAUGGCUUUGGCAGAGGAUGUGGAGCUAUCAUUGGAGGAAUAUUUGUCAGUUACUUUGGCACUGCUGUUGUGUUCCGGUCAUAUGGUGUGGUGUCCUUGAUUGUCUUGGGACUUUUCAUCUUCAUCAACUUCUACCGCAAGGAUAUUGGCUUCCAGCCUGAUCUGCCUCCAGAGGAAGAUCCAAGGCAGAUGGCAGAAGAAGGGACAGCCCUUGCUCCCCAUGGUGUACCAGCCAAUCCGAUGCCAAGGGCAUUAAGUUCACAAAAGUUGAAUGAAGGAGCACCAGAUGCUGGUUAUGGGACUUACAAUGCUACCAAUGGAAUGCUUGACAUACCAGGUGGUGGAGGUGCUAGCACAAAUCCAUUCAUGCAAGGAGGUGGAGGUGAGGGUGGCGGUGGUGGCUAUAACUACAGCACCAAGCCCGUUCCUCCAGUGUUCUCUGAGACCAAUCCCUUCAGGAAUUACUUUGCACCCACCAGCCCCUUCCAGAAGAAAGAUUCGCCAGUCACUUCUCCUGAUCUCAGUCCAGAUUAUGAAAGCAUCAAACAAAGAUUCCAAGCAUACAAUGAUUUGCUGAACGGAAGUAAUACUGGCAAAGGAGACACUAAGAUGUUCAAGGCUGCUCCUGCCAUAACCUCACCUCACAAGCCACAACCCGAGGCAACUGCUCACGAUUAUGAAUGGUAGAAUCUCAGCUGUCAAGUGAACAUUUUGCAAUACUAUUACUAUGAAAUGAGAAGUUUGUUUUUCAGUUGAAUGGAAUUGAACGGUGUUUUUUAUGGUGCCAUCUGCAAAGGAGAAAAAAAAAAAAAAUAAGUACCAGAACUUUUUCAUUUUCUGUCAUAUAAAACAAGGAUACAUGAAAAGAGGAAAAUCAAAUGGAUGAAUAACGUAUACUUGCUUUGUGAUUAUUUAUGAAAAAACUGAUUUCAGUGUAGGAUACUGUCAUACUCAACAAUGCUGAGAACAGUUUAACUGCUUUAGUAUCAUUUUAACUGAAAAUUGAAUAUGUAUUUGUAGUGUCAUAGGAAAGAUAUUUGGAAUGCUGCCUACUUCAUUUUUUUAGUCUCAUAAGAGAUUAAACUGUAAUAUUUUGGCUGAAUGAGUAAGUUGUAGGCUGUGAUUGACUAAUUUAUUGAUGGAAUUCUACUUAACAGUGCUUCAGUGCAAAUAAGGAAACACUAUAAAUUCCAAAAUUAUUCAAAUAUUCUUGUCUAAGAUGUUAUUAUCAUUUAAGGAAAGGUAGCACUGCCUUCCGUCUAUGCAUAUCAAUUGCGGUGUUGCGCAUUUUGAUAUGGCACAACAUUUUUGCUAAUAAUUUCUCAGGAAACUCAAAGUUGAUAAUUAUUGUUUUGAUGCUUGUCAUGGUUUUACUUUUGACUGGCAACAAAAUUUAUUUUGUAAGUAUUUUCCCAUUUCAUUGAAAUAUUUAUGAAAAUUAUAAAAUGGAAUCUGAAAUGUAUAAUAAAAGUGCAAGGCAUGUGGUAAUAAACAAUCAAAGAAAAGCAGCUUCACUUUUCACACUACAGAUGUUGUGAAUGAAAUUAAAGAGGACAAUGAAUUGUGUAAAUUUGGUAUGUAGUACAGUAUUAAUAUACACAUACAGUGUAUAUACACAAAAUGUAGAGUAUAUAUAUAUAUGGUUGUAUUAUAUUCUCCUAGUAUUGUGUUGAAAGUGCAAAUCUCUUCACAAACUGCUAUUAUAUAAUUCCCUCUGCUUAACUCAGCUGUGAGUUUCCUCAACUACUGAAUGAUACUUUGAGAUUCCAUCUAACAGGUUUUCAUUCUUUUAUACAUAUCUGUGAAUCACUGAAUUUUGAAAGGCUGUUCACAGUUAGUAACAAAUGAUAGCUUCCACAACUGAAAUCUUUAGACCCAUUGUAUUCAUUUGGUAUUGUAUGUAUUGUAAAAUAUUUCUAACAUUAGAGUAUAUUGCUUUAUUAUAGGGCAUAUAUAUAUAUAGCAGACCAAAUAGUUUUAUAACAAUCGUUACAGAAGCCACCCAUCAAUUGAAACAUUUUUUUUUAUUUUUUUUAUAUUAUUCAACUUCCUUAGCUGGUAAAACUGCCUUCAUGCACGAUGAGCCAUUGAGUCAUCAUUGUGUUACAGAGUAUCAUCAGAAUUGCGGAUUCAUGUCCAUUGUGUAAUCACAGGCAUUGUUGUUGUAGCAGAACCACCCACAAAGUGCAGUCUGAUAGGUAGAGAUCUCUACAUAAUCAUUUCACUGUAAAUAUGUUGAUGUCAGCAACCAUCACUGUUGCAGUGUUGCAUCACCACAUAUAGUUGUAUCUGCACACACCCUGUAAGACAUGUAGGCCAGUUCUUUAGUUCAAGUAAUGCAUAGAUGAUAACAUUUGAAUUUUGCCUUAUCAAGUACUUGGAUAGAAGAUACAAAGGGUAUCAAGUGAC